AUGGGUCUCCUCACACUUAAUGAGGACAGGCCAACGCCCAAGGCUGUAUAUAACUGGCGUGUAUACACCUGUGCCGCCAUCGCAUCAUUCGCGUCAUGCACAAUUGGUUACGAUUCGGCCUUCAUCGGAACAACUCUAUCCUUGCCAUCUUUCAAGACCGAGUUCAACUUUGCAGCAAUGUCGGCAUCUGAACUGGCCCUGGUUUCCGCCAACAUCGUCUCUGUAUACCAAGCUGGUGCCUUCUUUGGAUCCCUUUUUGCCUAUGUAUCUAACUGGUUCUGGGGUCGCAAGAAAUCCUUGUGGAUUUUCACUGCUAUCUUCAUUGUGGGUGCUGGUAUGAUGUUGGGCGCAAAUGGUCAGAGAGGUCUUGGCUUGAUCAUCGGUGGUCGUGUUCUUGCUGGCAUUGGCGUCGGAGGUUGCAGUAUGACUGUCCCAAUCUAUAUCUCCGAACUAUCUCCACCCGCAAUUCGUGGCCGCUUGGUCGGUAUCUAUGAGCUUGGAUGGCAAAUCGGUGGUCUUGUUGGUUUCUGGAUCAAUUAUGGAGUCAACACGACUAUGGCCCCGAGCCACUCUCAAUGGCUCAUCCCUUUUGCUGUGCAGUUGAUUCCUGCCGGUCUUCUUGGUAUUGGUGCUUUCUUCAUCAAAGAGUCCCCUCGUUGGCUGUUCUCCAAGGAUCGACGUGAUGAGGCGCUGGCCAACCUCUGUUGGAUCCGCAACCUGGAUGCCAACGACAUAUACAUCAUCGAGGAAGUCAACAUGGUUGACGAGGAUCACGAGCGAUACAAACAGGAGGUGGGUGCAGGUUUCUGGAAGCCGUUUGUCUCUUUGAAGCAACCAAAGGUCCUCUACCGAUUCUUCCUUGGAGGCAUGCUCUUCCUGUGGCAGAACGGAUCUGGUAUCAACGCUAUCAACUACUACAGCCCCACCGUCUUCAAGAGUAUUGGUAUCACCGGUACCAACACAAGUUUCUUGACUACCGGCAUCUUCGGAGUCGUCAAGACAGUCGUGACUGUCGUCUGGAUUCUGUAUCUCAUUGAUAACCUCGGCCGCCGAAGGCUAUUGAUGAUUGGCUCAUUCGGUGGCUCGCUCUGCAUGUGGUUCAUCGGAGCAUACAUCAAAAUCGCCAACAUCUCGACUACUACUACCAACACUGCUGGAUUAUCCAGCGGUGGUAUCGCCGCCAUGUUCUUCUUCUAUCUAUGGACCGCGUUCUACACUCCCAGCUGGAACGGCACACCUUGGGUACUCAAUUCAGAGAUGUUUGAUCAGAACACGAGAGGUCUGGGUCAGGCUUCUGCAGCCGCCAACAACUGGUUCUGGAACUUUAUCAUCUCGAGGUUCACCCCUCAGAUGUUCCUAACCAUGCAGUAUGGAGUCUACUUCUUCUUCGCAUCUCUAAUGAUCCUCUCAACCGUUUUUGUAUUCUUCCUUAUCCCGGAGACCAAAGGUGUACCUCUUGAGGCUAUGGACCGCCUCUUUCAGACCAAGCCAAUGCGUAAGGCUAAUAAAGUUAUCAUGGACGAGCUGAGGCUCCAGGACGAGGAGUUCCGUCACAACGCGGAUGGUGUUGACUUCAAGGAUUCGAACAAGCGAGACGUCGAGCAGAAGGAGGUGGCAUAA